AUGGAAAAACAAUAUAAAUUCUUGUCUGUAACAGUAGUGCCUGAAGAUUAUGAUCAUAAAGGUCAGAGAGACAGCUUGCAGAAGUGUUUUUUUUUUUUUUUUNUUAUUGAGCUCCAUGCUAAAAUGGGAAACAAAUGGGCGCGAAUGGCUGCCGAGUUGCCUGGUCGUACUGAUAACGAGAUUAAAAACUAUUGGAAUACUAGAAUCAAGAGAAGGCAACGAGCAGGCUUGCCAAUCUACCCUCCAGAUGUCCAUUUGCAAGCCAUACACGAGAGCAAUCAAAAUGAGGAUAUGAGCACAUUCUCGACCGGGGAUACACAGCAUUCCAAUCUUCUGCAAGUGAACUAUUUUGAGAUCCCCGCUGUGGAAUUCAAAAAUUUGGAACUAAAUCAGCAGUUGCAUCCGCAAUCACCACUCGAUAUCCCCGCAAGCAGCUUGUUGGCACAAGGUCUAAAUUCUUCAUACGGUCCAAGACCUUUCUUCUCGACUAUGAACCCGUCCAAACGUCUCCGAGGACCAGAUUCCUUGUUCACGGGUUUAAGUUCCAAUGACAGUGAUAUUUUCACAGCCUUUGGUCCGUAUCAGAGUGACACUUGUAUGCAGGUUUCUCAAUCCUCCGGGUUUUCUUCUGGAUACUAUCAAAAUCUGGAUCCUGAUCACCCGUCUUUAUCGUGUGUAAUUCCUGGCAGCCAUGCCUCUUUAAAUAGCAACUCCUCUUCUUUAGAGCCCGCAUGGGCAAAGAAGCCGGAACUCCCUUCACUCCAAAGUCAGAUAGGUAGUUGGGAUGCACCUUCCUCCCCCCUUCCUUCACUCGAGUCUGUUGAGACUUUGAUUCAGUCGCCUCCCACCGAGCGUUCUGAAUCGGGUAAUGUUUCUCCGAGAAACAGUGGCCUUCUGGAAGCAGUGCUUUACGAGUCACAAACUUUGAAGAAUUCCAAGAACACUUUACCUCAGCAGAAUUCCGAUGCUUCCAUGAUACCCAGUGACAUCGUGGAUAAUACAUUUCCAGAUUUCCACGAGGCAGAAUGGGAAGGAUAUGCUGACCCGAUCUCUCCAUUAGGUCAUUCUGCUGCAUCAGUUUUCAACGAGUACACCCCCAUCAGUUCAUUAGAAGAGCACCAGUCAGUCGAGAUGCUAGCAGGAUGCAAAUUUACACAAGAGGACGCUCCCUUGGCCCCAAUGCAAUGCGAUGACAAGGACGAUGCGUUGAACCAGAUUUUCUCCAGACCAGACUUCUUGCUCGACUCAAAUUGUUUCGGUCUCAAGACUGGCCUCAACUAAGCGCAGUUCUGUACCAAAUAUGCAUUUGGACCAUUCUGUUUGCUUUAGCAGGAACUGCACGCGAGGGAGCCCUUGUCAUGUGCCACUGUGCAAACAUCGUGCAUGGGUUGUGCACUACGAUUACCCGUGCACGAUGAUUUUCUUGAAAUUCCAAGAAAAUUUUAGUUUCAAAGCCUCUUCAGGGACACCUUAUUUUUGUUACUAUAAUAAGAUCCUCUUGUGUUUGAACUCUACAAUGAUAAUGUAGUAUUUGCAUUCAACAGGUUAGCUGGCAACUUGUGUCUUUUAAAAUCUUCUCCUGAAACUUAAAUGGCCAGAAAAACAAUAUAAAUUCUUGUCUGUAACAGUAGUGCCUGAAGAUUAUGAUCAUAAAGGUCAGAGAGACAGCUUGCAGAA